AUGUAUGGUAGUAGUAGAAUUCUUUCAAAGUUACGUGGUCUAAGAUUUCCUACUAACGGAGCGGGCACUUCACGGCCAAUCCCAGCAAGAAGCGAUGACUCGGAGAAGAACCAGCAGGAUAGAACAGGUGCUCCUCUUCCUUUACCUCCUAAGAAAACGUCAGCUGGGAAGUCGCUUGCUAGUUAUGCGAAAAGCAACAUAAAUACUCAUUCUGUUAUAGACCCUAAGAAGUUUGAAGGUACAGGGGCUAGUCCCACUAAGCCUUCCAUUGAGAUAAUCACGAAAUUCCUUGCAAAGAAUCUGAGCUCCAUAAAAGGUCAGAAUGUAUCAAAAGAACAAAACCUAAAUAUAGAUUCCAAUAUUCAGCCGGAAGACUCAUCUCACACCAUCAUCAUUGUGGAGGAAGGGCAGGGAAAACAGGGUUUAGCUGAUUCCAAUAUUCAGCCGGAAGGCUCACCUCAUAUCCCCACCCCUGAAGAAGGAAGUCUAGAAAAUGCUUCUACGCAAAAGAAGCUUAGACCUCAACCCUUAUCCAAGGCUAGUUCAACACCGGACUUAUCUAGUAAUUUUUCCUCUAUGAAGACCAGUCAUGGCCCAUUGAAGAAGAGUAAAUCGAUGUCAGACAUUUCCUCCGACGAUGCCAUCCUUAACUCAAGAGACUUAGUUAAGGAAAACAGAUUCAAACAAAAAAAACAACCUGAUCUACCCAAGUUUCCAUCUACAGGAAGUAUUUCUAUUAACCUGGGAUACUCUGGCAAAGGACAUUUUUUUGUGUUUUAUUGCUUAAUAUCUUUGGGGUUAUCGUUGCUCGACUACGCCAUUGGAAGGUUUGAGCAAUCUAAUGGAACGUUAGAAGUAGUGGUGAAUGGGCUAUUGUGCAUAGUGUCUGUUUCUGGACCUAUUAUACAUGGGAUACAGAUACUAAUGAAGGAGAGUCGCAAUAAGAAGAUGGCUCAGGUAGUAAAGGAGAACUGGAAUGUAGUUGGAACCAUGCUUCCAAUAGUCACUGGUCUCUUGUCUACAGAAAUACCCGGAAAGGACGGAGUUAUGAUGGCGGGUAUAGGAAUUGUGAUGAUGUAUGUGCAAAAUGCUGUUCAAGAGAAGAUGUACAAAAGUCAGAUGAUUGUGUUUAUAAUUGGAAACAUAAUGAUGACGUCAACAUAUCUGGUCAAGUGUUUUAGUCCAUUAUCCAAGGAUAGAUAUAGUCUCAUAAAUGCUAUACCUGUCAUGGUUGCAAUUGGACUAAUUGUUGUGGAUAUAGUAGAAAAGAAAGCGAAGAAAAGAGAAGUGAGUAAUGAUGUGAAAAAUAUAGUAUGCGGAAUAAGCUGGAUGGUUGGGACAGUCAUCUGGUUUUUGAAUAUAUCUGACGAGGAUGUUAUUAUAAACAGCACAGCCACAUGA